GUGCUUCAAUCGUGGGCCCAUCUCAUCAUCCAACCAAAAUUGCAGGAAAAAAAAAAAGAAAAAUAAGAGAGAGAGAGAGAGUGAGAGAGAGAGAAGGGAGGAAGAGGAAAAAAAGGAUAAAGCAAAGGCAUUGAACCAAGCAUUUUGAAGGGGCCAAAGCAAGAUAACUAUCCAUGGUUACAACCACAACACUCGCAAGCUCAUUGCAUAACCUAUCUUCAAUUAUUACUCUACAAUCUCAUCCACCAAUAUCUACCACCACCAUAACCACCAAUUCAUUUGCUUGCCCUCUUUAUUGCAAUGGUUUAACCAACAAUGGAAGAAGCAGACACCACCAAUUCCAUUUACAAUUCACUACCAAAGUAGCAUUCAAUCCACAAGGCAACUAUGAUCUUUCUCUCCUUGAUGAUGAUAACCUCCAAACUAAAGUUGCAGAGCCAAUGCCACCAAAAGAAGGAAGAUUUGAGAUUGUUGUAGACACUGAUGAUAUUAGACGUCUAGACUUGUCCCCCUUUCAAUCUGCUACUUCUAUUGUUUCACCUUCUUCUGUUGAGCCCAAUGAGUAUUUAGAGCGUACAAUUGGGUUCACUAUAAAGUACAUAAGGGAGGACACAUAUGAUCAACGUGAGCUAUCCGAAUUACCAGAUGUCAGACUAUGGUUUGUACGGCUUGACGCGACUUAUCCUUGGCUUCCUGUGUUACUCGACUGGCGUGCUGGUGAACUGGCUCGUUACGCCGCCAUGCUUGUGCCACACCAGAUGAGUAUGCGAAUGGGCGUAGUGUUCAAUCCAGAGGCACUAGAACUGUUUAUAAUGAAGAAAGUGUUUGUAAUAUAUGCUUGGUUAAAGCAACAAGGAAUAUCCACUCCCAAGGCUAGAUUGAAGACUAAAGACAUGGCUCGAAUGCUUGGUUUUGGAAUUGGGGAUGAAUUGUUCGACUUUAUUGAUCAGAAUCCUGUUAAUUCCUAGAUUUGUAUUUCCAGGACUAAGGAUUAAAACUAUACUAAUUGUCAUCUUUGAUAUUUUAUAAAUCUUGUAUAUUAUGUAUACAUAUUAAUUUCAAGCUUACUACUUUGAUGCAA